AUGGAAAUAAAUGAAGAAGAGAUUAAUAAAGAAUCAAUUAACGAGUGGCCAAUACCACCAAUAAUAAAUAAUAAAAAAGAACCUUUAAUAAAUAAAGAUAAAAUUAAGAUAUUUGGAACAGAUUACAAAAUAAUCAAUAAUAGACCGUUUAUUGAUGUAGAAACAGAAGAGUUAGAUAAAAAUAAACUAAAAACAUUAAUAAAUAAAUCAAUAGAUUCAUUUAAAAAGUUCAUCACCUCAUUUAAUCCAGAUGAAAUGAAUAAAAUAAUAACAAUACACACAGAAAUAAACGAGAUAAUAAAUAAGGCUAAAUUAGUAUUAAAUGAUGACAUAUUAAUAAACGGUAAAGUGAUAUUAAAAAACUAUAAGAAAGAAAUAAUAGAAAAGAUAAAAGAGUUGAUAAAUAAAUAA